GCAUCUUCAAAGGGAAGAAAGAAUUCACACUGGAGAGAAAACCUAUCAAACUGUCCAAUGUAAUGAAGUGUUUUCAAGUCACAGUCAUCCUCAGAUACAUAAAAGAAUGCUUACUGGAGCCUUUGUAUAUGAGAGUGGUCUUGAAAUGCAUAGGAGAAGAAACACAGGAGAGAAACCCUGUGAUUGUAACACACGUGAUGAAGCCUUUGCAUGCCACAGACAUCUGCAAAGUCCUAAAAGAACACAUACUGGAGAGAAGCCCUAUGAAUGUAAACAAUUUGGUAAAGACUUUGUACAUAACAGUGUUCUUCAGAAUCAUAAAAGAACACAUACUGGAGAGAAGCCCUAUGAAUGUGAACAGUGUGGUAAAGCCUUUGCACAUAACAGUGUUCUUCAGAAUCAUAAAAGAACACAUACUGGAGAGAAGCCCUAUGAAUGUAAACAGUGUGGUAAAGCCUUUGCACAUAACAGUGUUCUUCAGAAUCAUAAAAGAACACAUACUGGAGAGAAGCCCUAUGAAUGUAAACAAUGUGGUAAAGCCUUUGCACGGAACAGUCAUCUUCAGAAUCAUAAAAGAACACAUACUGGAGAGAAACCAUAUGAAUGUAAACAGUGUGGUAAAGCCUUUGCACAUAACAGUGUUCUUCAGAAUCAUAAAAGAACACAUAGUGGAGAGAAGCCCUAUGAAUGUAAACAAUGUGGUAAAGCCUUUGCACAGAACAUUCAUCUUCAGAAUCAUAAAAGAAUACAUACUGGAGAAAAGCCCUAUGAAUGUAAACAAUGUGGUAAAGCCUUUUCACAGAACAUUCAUCUUCAGAAUUAUAAAAGAACACAGACUGGAGAGAAGCCCUAUGAAUGUAAACAAUGUGGUAAAGCCUUUGCGUGGAGCAGUUAUCUUCAUAGUCAUAAAAGAACACAUACUGCAGAGAAGCCCUAUGAAUGUAAACAGUGUGGUAAAGCCUUUACACAUAAAAGUAAUAUUCAGAGUUAUAAAAGAACACAUACUGGAGAGAAACGUUAGCAAGUUCACCAGUACU